ACACAUCCAAAGUCUCCAGUUCAGCGCGCUGCAUAUUGGCGGCUUUGCUGUCACAUAACCUGGCAACCCUGAAUGACCUGCGUCAGUCAGCGACACGUGCUCGACUCUUGCGAGCGUUUUGUGGUUAACGUCGCGAGGGAGGAAGUGGCUCGCCAUGGCAGAAUUAGGAUACAGCCAGGACAUGUCGAGCGACAGUGACAGCGGGGACGAUUGGGAGGAAAACGGUGAGGAUCCUAACGAAAUUUCGUGCUUGUUCUGUACGGAAAUUACCAACGGCUUUCCCGCCGCGCUGCACCACACCAAGACUCUCCACAAGUUCGACCUCUGCGAUUUUAUAAGAAGACACAUUUACGACACCUACUCGUACAUCAAGCUGAUCAAUUUUAUUCGUCGCAAGGAGACCUUGCCGGAGCAGCUGAGUACGCUGGGCGAAGAGGCCUGGGACAGAGAUGAGUAUUUGCAUCCUGUCGUGGAGGACGAUCCGUGGUUAAUGUACGAUAUCGAGGAUCUCAUCAACGUCAGGGACGUUAGCGAGGAGAGAGGAGCGAGACAGAUACGUCACGACGACAGUGAUGUGAUUUUGUCGAAAACACAAUAUGAAGAUAUGAAAAGUUCCAUCAAGUCGCUCCAGUCUCAGCUGAAAGAAAGUGAAACCAGGUGUUUUCUGAUGAGACAGCAAAUGGAGGAGAUGAAGGAGAAGGCUCAGAAAUUAAUACUGGGUGACGACCUGGACGAGAAGGAGAAAAGUGUUGUUUCGGUUAACGCUCAUAAUCCUAGCGCCGACGAGGGCUACUUCAAUACGUACAACCAUUUUGCUAUACACCACGAAAUGUUGACUGAUAAAGUACGAACGGAAAGCUACCGUGACGCAUUAUUGACGAAUUCCAACAAGUUCCACGAUUGUGUAAUGCUGGACGUCGGUUGCGGGACUGGUAUCCUGUCUCUGUUUGCGGCCAAGUCCGGUUGCCGUAAAGUUAUUAGCGUCGAUCAGUCUGACGUGAUAUACCACGCUAUGGAAAUAGUAAGGGAGAACAACCUCAGCGACAUAAUCACUUUAAAAAAGGGUCGUCUGGAAGAUAUUAAUUUAGGAGUAGAGAAAGUGGACGCGAUAAUAUCCGAAUGGAUGGGAUACUUUCUCUUGUUCGAAGGGAUGCUGGACACUGUUAUUUAUGCUAGGGACCAUUAUCUCACACCCGAUGGAGUGAUACUUCCAAACAGAUGCACAAUCAAUAUUGUGGGAAGUGGUGACACGAAGAGAUAUAUCGAACUGGUUGAUUAUUGGUCAAACGUAUACGGUUUUAAAAUGCGCUGUAUGAAAGCGGAAGUGCUACAUGAACCCAGCAUAGAAAUCUGCAAUGUCGACGAUUUGAUAACAAGCACCGCCGAGAUCCAAGCCUUCGACUUGUAUAAAGUCACUACGGACUGCAUCAGUUUCUCGUCUCCUUUCACGUUGAACGUGAAGAAGACUGGAUCGUUAACCGCGAUAAUCGGUUACUUUGACAUUUUCUUUGAUCUCGAGAAUCCGGUUCAUUUCAGCACGGGCCCCUCUUCUCUGCCAACACAUUGGAAACAGACGGCAUUUUUUUUAAAAGAGCCCAUCAGCAUAACUGAAGGUGAAGUUAUGAAUGGCACGCUGGUUUGCCAAAGACACCGCAACAAUCGAGGCUUGAGGGUCGACAUCCAUAUCAAAAAUUUCUCUCAGACAUACUUUCUGGAGUAAACAUUGAAAAUUGCUUGUUCCAAGAUACGCGCCAAUAAUCGCAUGUGCCAAAUUCUGAGAAUAGGGUCCAGCUGUCGCGAAGCUUUGAUUUUUAUUGAACUUUCUUUCCGCGAACAAUGCGUCGCUUAUCUUUAUCACUCUCACCAUUCCCAACUUGAAAUCUACGACACGUAGAGUCUGUAGUGUCCGUUUACUCGAACGGCAGACCUAACUUACGCGUUUCGAAACUUUAGGUCUUAAUUUUUAUGCUAAAUUCGUAUGUAUACAUAUAUUACUGCAUUAAUAUAGGUAAUUUUAAUAUAUAUAUAUAUAUAUAUAUAUAUAACUUUCUCUCUUUCGCAAGCGAAGUAUAGGAUACGGCGCUUUCUCUUAAAUAUUUGUGAUAAUUACAGAAUAACCAUUGAUCUAGUAGCCAUUUACAUUUGUGCCUUUUUAAUGGUAGCGACAUAUACACAUAUACCUAUCUCUCUUGAAACCAGUUAUACACUUGUAAAAUCAAUUUUAAGACUUUUUGCAUGAACAAUAGAGUUUUAAUCUUAUAAUCGCUUACGUUACGCCCGAAACGGGGCAGAGAAAGGGAUUUAAGAAAAGCAUAAAAACAAGUCCGCAGAGCUUAGUACACAGACAACGACGCGUAGGACUCGCCCGGGUUCGCUUUGUCAUCGAAUCGCUCUGAGGAAAGCCCGGCGGGCCACACGGCGAAAACUUCCUCGGGAGAAGUUCUUGUUGCUUCCGCUAGAAUUUUUCCUCUAAAUAGAGCUCGUUAACGUCCCGUCGACCGCGACGCUGCCGACGGGUAUAACGCUUCGAUCGUCCGAUAUUAAUAUUACGCGAAUUCUCCUGCCACUCUUGCGUGCGUACGCACAAGUAUACGCACUGAAUUAUCGAAUAAUCUUAUAGAGAUCUCGUUCUUGCCACCAAGUUAAAAUUGCAACCAAACGACUAAUACGAUUCUGUGAUAUGACAAGAAAUUACAUAGCUGUAGUGUUCAUCGAGAGCAUCGACAAUGUCGAUGAUAGAGAGAGAAAGAGAGGGGGGGGGGGCGAUGCGCCGGUGAUAUCCCUUGUGGCUAUCUACACACGAGAAUUAAGUAUAUAUAGUAUAUAUAUAUCGCGCUAUUGUGUAAGUACAAUCCGAUGAGAUAGCGAGUUUUGAAUUCGAUUUGACCUGCAUGCGGUUGCCGAAUUAAUUAUAACAUCAAUGAUCUUUUAAAAUGUAUGCAAAUUGAAAUAAAUCUUU